UAGGAGCUAAGGGGUUUUUGCAGGAGACAAUGAGUUUUAAACCCCCCUCUGGCAUUGCAAAAUAGACAUGGCUGAAGAUGAAGCUACAUGCAAGUUGUCUUGUUUAAGGGACCACUGCUGCAUGCAGAGGAGCAGUGUGAUUUACCCCUGCUGCUCUCUUCCGUCGCAGCCAUGAGAACGAUACGUGUCUCACAGUUGGUGCUUUCAUCUGGUGGUUUGGAAUGGAGAUAAUCACCUGUCCUCAUAUUGCGAAUAACCUGUAGACAGAGAUAUUGGCUUCAGAGAUAGAUCCAAAUCUAUGCAAUACUAUUUAAUCUUCUUAGGGACUGCAGGUAUUAAACUGGAUUGGCUGUUCCUCCAGUAAGAUGUCCUUCACACCUGACCCUCCUUUGUAUUAGGACUGCAUCAGCAGAGGCUUCAUGAAAAUGGGAUCAUUUUCACCUGCCUCUCUCUUCAACAGCAUCUCCCAUCUGGCUGUUACGUGUCAAAGAAACUCUCAGCUCUACACUCAACCCUUGGUACUCCUCUUCCUCUUGGACAGCAUCUUUGGGAGGUUCUCCCAUGACCCUCUAUUACUGUUGCCUUAGUGAUCCUCCCAACUCUAUAAAAGAAGAUAAUAAUGCCUGCCUUGCAAGAAAUUUAGGCUGAUUACUUCACUGGGUGUUAUGCAAGAGGGAUUCCACAUCUUGUGCCACAGUUUCACUGUUGAUGCUUAAGAUCAGCUAGAAACAGCAAUGGUGGAUAUAAGUGCAAACUGCUGAUUGAGAGAAGUCUUUAGUGGCUCCUGGACACUACUCUGGUUUUUGAACCUUUAGGAAAUGCAUUUACCAAGGAGGCGGCGGCUACAACGGAACCGAAUCAUUUUCUUGCUUGCCACAGUGUUGGUCCUUUCCCUCUAUCAGUUCCAGUUCAGGUCCUCUGCUAUUCCAGCACCACCCUUAGCACCCCGACUGAUGGACCCUGUCAAAGUGACCUCUAGGGACAUUGCCAGCAACAGGACUGCUGUAACAGGCAGUGUCACAGCACCACCCAAAAUAAGGCACUGUGUAUAUGUGGAUUCUGAGCCAGUUGUGCCCAUCACUACAUCAGUGGGUACACCACCACAGCAAGGCAAUGGCAGUGGAAACUACCCAGACGAACAGCCACCAUACGAGUCCAAAGGAGAAUAUCCCCAGGACCUGUUCAGCGUGGAAGAACGCAGGCAAGGGUGGGUUGUACUUCACAUCUUUGGCAUGAUGUAUGUAUUUGUGGCCUUGGCCAUUGUGUGUGAUGAGUAUUUUGUCCCUGCUUUGGGAGUGAUCACAGAGAAGUUGCAGAUCUCUGAAGAUGUGGCUGGAGCCACCUUCAUGGCAGCAGGUGGAUCAGCACCAGAACUCUUCACCUCCCUCAUAGGUGUCUUCAUCUCACACAGCAACGUUGGCAUCGGUACCAUUGUAGGCUCAGCGGUGUUUAAUAUCCUCUUUGUCAUUGGCACCUGUGCCCUCUUCUCAAGGGAGAUACUCCACCUGACAUGGUGGCCCUUAUUUAGAGACAUCUCAUUCUACAUUGUAGACUUAAUGAUGCUCAUCCUGUUUUUCCUAGACAGUGUCAUUGACUGGUGGGAAAGCCUCCUUUUACUGGCUGCCUAUGCCACAUAUGUAUUCACUAUGAAAUACAAUGUGUACCUGGAACAAUGGGUGAAGCAGGAGCUGAGCAAGAAGCUGAAUGCUGUGCAGGCAGCAACAGUAGAGCAUAUACGGAAGAAAAGCACUGGGGCAGUUGCAGAUGAUGGAGCAAAGAAGCCAGCAGAUGAGAGGAGGCUGAAGCCUGGAUCAGCCUUACAGCGAGGCAGCAGCUCAGCCUCCCUACACAAUACUCAAAUGCGCAGCACCAUCUUCCAACUCAUGAUCCACACCCUGGACCCCCUGACAGACGCAAAAUUUAAAGACAGGGUUGACAUCCUGAGCAACAUAGCCAAGGCCAAAGCAGAAGAAGGAUCAAAACCAGAAGCAGAAGAGGAAAAGGCAGCACCAAGCAAAGUCCAGGUAACUCCUGCCAGCGACUCUGAAGCCGGCAAAGACAAACAGAAGGCAGAUGCACCACAAGAUGCCCAGCCCUCCUCAGACAGUGACACCUCAGAAGACAGCAGCUCUGACAGUGAUGAAGACAGUGAUGACAGCUCAGAUGAUGAAGAAAACGACGAGCCGUUAUCUCUUGAAUGGCCAGCAACUAGGAAAAAACAAGCCAUUUACCUUUUCCUGUUUCCCAUUGUCUUUCCUCUCUGGAGCACUCUGCCUGACGUUAGAAACCCAGACUCCAAAAAAUUCUUUGUCAUCACAUUUUUUGGAUCCAUCCUCUGGAUUGCUGUAUUCUCUUACCUCAUGGUGUGGUGGGCUCACCAGGUUGGUGAAACAAUUGGGAUAUCAGAGGAAAUUAUGGGGUUAACCAUACUUGCAGCAGGAACGUCCAUCCCUGACCUUAUCACCAGUGUCAUCGUUGCUCGGAAAGGCUUAGGUGACAUGGCUGUCUCCAGUUCUGUAGGCAGCAAUAUCUUCGAUAUCACUGUUGGUUUGCCAGUUCCUUGGUUCCUUUACUCUGUCUUCAAUGAACUCGAUCCAGUUGCAGUCAGUAGCAAUGGUUUGUUUUGUGCAAUUGUUCUCCUUUUUCUCAUGCUCCUCUUUGUGAUUAUCUCAAUUGCUGCAUGUAAAUGGAAAAUGAACAAACUGCUGGGGCUCACCAUGUUUGCUCUUUACUUUGUGUUUUUGAUCAUCAGUGUGAUGUUAGAAGACAAGAUAAUAUCCUGCCCAGUAUCUGUGUGACAU